GGAAGACUGCAAAAGAGGGACUUCCUUUUCCCGUCCCGCCUACCCCAAAGAAAUGCAGGGAGUGAGCUGGCUGUGAAAUAGCAUCGGAGCGGCAUUCUGGAUCCCCCCCUUUACUCUGGAGAGGAAAGAGCCACCAUGGAGGCAGCUCAGGGUCUGGUAACCUUUGAGGAGGUGUCCUUGCAUUUCACCGAGGAUGAAUGGGCCCUGCUGAAUCCAGGCCAGAGAGCCCUUUACAAGGAGGUCACGGUGGAGAUUCAUGAGAUGAUAACCUCUCUGGGGCAUCUGUGUUUGAAACCUUACCGCAUGUCCUGGCUGAAGGGAGACAGAAGAGAAGACCUCUUUGCCCAGGGUUUCACAGGAGAGGAGAGGCCAGCAGGAGAUGUCUGGGGGACCACGGCUGAGGCGGAACCAUCAGAAGUAUCACCAGAAAGAGCUGAGAAGCAGGAGGAGGAACAGAAACCAGGGAGUCAAGAUGGAGCAAAGAGACAAGAGGGGAGAAAAAUGCAGAAGCCAGGGGAUGAAUCUAGAGUUUCUCAGGGUGGUGAAUAUAAAAUUCAACAGGAAACUCAUCCUCUUAAGGAAAUGAGAAUGCCUCCUGAAUGCUUUAAAAUCUUAAGUUGCCACCAAGCUCUAAAUCAGGGAAGACGUACGAGAGAGAAACAACACAAAGGCUUGAAAUGUGAGGAGGGAUUAUUUGAUAACUGGAGCCUUGUUAGACAUCAGACACUUCACACUAGAGAGAAACCGAAUACAUCAUUAGGCUGUGGGGAAGAUAGCAGUCAGAGUGGAAGUCUUGCUUGCCUUCACAAAAAACACAUAGGGGAGAAACCAUAUAAAUUCUCGGAAGGUGGCAAGAGCUGUUCUGAUCAUUCCACGAUUGUUAGCCAUGAAGGAAUCUAUACAGCAGAGAAAUUGCAUCAAUGCUUGGAGCGUGGCAAGAGCUUUGAGCAGCAUUGUCAAUUGGCUAGGCAUCUGAGAAGUCACACAGGGGAAAUGCCCUAUAUAUGGCCUGACUGUGGGAAAAGUUUCAGACAGAGAUAUAAUCUGCAAGGGUGUCAGAAAAGUCACACAGGAGAGAAACCAUAUACAUGUUCUGACAGUGGAGAACAUUUCAGCAAUGAGUCAAAUACUACUGUAUAUAAGAGACUCUCCACAGGAGAGAAACCGUGUAAAUGGUUAGAGCGUGGAAAGACCUUCCAACUGAGCCCCAAUCUCAAAACACAUGAAAGAAUUCACAGAGAGGAGAAAGAUUGUGAAUGCUUGGAGUGUGGAAAGAGAUUUCAUCGUAGGUCAGAUCUUUCUGUACAUAAGAGAGUGCACACAGGAGACAAACCAUAUAAAUGCUUGCAGUGUGGAAAGUACUUCAGUCGUCACCACAACCUUACGGUGCAUCAAAGAACUCAUACAGGGGAAAAACCUUAUAAAUGCUUGGAGUGCGGAAAGAGCUUCAGUGAGAGUGGCACUCUUACGUCGCAUCAAAGAAUCCAUACAGGGGUGAAACCUUAUCGGUGCUUGGAGUGUGGAAAGAACUUCAGUCAUCAUCACCACCUUACUUCACAUCAAAAAACCCAUACGAGGGACAAACCUUAUAAAUGCUUGACGUGUGGAAAGAGCUUCAUUCAUCGUCACCAUCUUAUUUCACAUCAAAGAACCCAUACAGGGGAUAAACCUUAUAAAUGCUUGGAGUGUGGAAAGAGCUUUAGUCACAGUAACUCCCUUACUUUGCAUCAAAGAACCCAUUCAGGGGAUAAACCUUAUAAAUGCUUGGAGUGUGGAAAAAGCUUCAUUUGCAGUAACUCCCUUACUUUGCAUCAAAGAACCCAUACAGGGGAUAAACCUCAUAAAUGCUUGGAGUGUGGGAAGAGUUUCAGUGAGAGUGGCACCCUUACUAGACAUCAAAGAGUCCAUACAGGUGACAAACCUCAUAAAUGUUUGGAGUGUGGGAAGAGUUUCAGUGAGAGUGGCACCCUUACUAGACAUCAAAGAACUCAUACAGGUGACAAACCUCAUAAAUGCUUGGAAUGUGGAAGGAGCUUCAGUCACAGUACCAACCUUACUGUGCAUCAAAGAACUCAUACAGGUGACAAACCUUAUAAAUGCUUGAAGUGUGGAAAGAGCUUCAGUAACAGUGGUGCACUUGCUAGACAUGAAAGAACCCAUACAGGGGAGAAACCUUAUAAAUGCUUGGAGUGUGGAAAGAGGUUCAGUCAGAGUGGCGACGUUACUAGACAUCAAAGAAUUCAUACAGGAGACAAACCUCAUAAAUGCUUGGAGUGUGGAAAGAGCUUCAGUAACAAUAGCUCCCUUAGUUCGCAUCAAAGUACUCAUACAGGGGACAAACCUUAUGAAUGCUUCGGGUGUGGAAAGAAAUUCAGUGAGAAGGGCACACUCACUAGACAUCAAAAAAUCCAUACAGGAUACAAACCCUAUAAAUGUUUGGAGUGUGGAAAGAGCUUCUGUCAUCAUUUCCACCUUAGUUCGCAUCAAAGAACCCAUACAGGGGACAGCCUUAUAAAUGUCUGGAGUGUGAAAAGAACUUCAGUCAUCAUCACCACCUGACUUCACAUCAAAAAACCCAUAAAGGGGACAAAUCUUAUAAAUGCUUGGAGUGUGGAAAGAGCUUUAGUCACAGUAGCACCAUUACUUUGCAUCAGAGAACAAAUAGUGGGGACAAACCUUAUAAAUGCCUGGAGUGUGGAAGGAACUUCAGUGAGAGUGGCACCCUUCAUUCACAUCAAAAAACCCAUGCAGGGGGCCAACCUUAUAAAUGCUUGGAGUGCUGGAAUAGGUUCACUCAGAAUAGCAAUCUUCAGGCAAGGGGGAACUAUAUAACUGUCCUGAGCGUAGAAAGCCUUUCAUUCAGUGUACCUCCUAUAUUUUUCAUCAAAUAGUUCACUGGAAACAGCUUUAAUUUCCAUUUUUCAUUCACAUCAAAGGAUCCUUAAAGGGGAGAGACCGUAAUAUGCUGAAAGAGUGGAAAGAGCUUCAGUCAUAGACACUAGAUAGAUCUCUGUAUGAAAGAGAGGCAUAACAGUUACGUUCACACUAGAGGGAAAUCUAGGCCUUUCACUUCUCCAUACAUCUCUCUUGCAUUAUAGAUGCCUGUAGUAGAUACCGAUGGAAGGAAUUGUUAGAAAUGUUUGAAAGCUUCGGUGAAGAUUUUUUACUGAGCCCGGUUUGGGUGGCCAAUCUGUGAGCAUGACAAAGGUGAAAUGGAAUGAUGGAGCUGUGGAGCGGAAUGGUCAGGAAAUUCUGGCUUAUGACUGAGGUAAACUGGAAUCUCUGGCUUGGGGGCAGAAAUGUUUUUCUUUCUGGAGUUUGAGAAGCAGAAAUGCUGAGAGGUCUUGAUCAAACUAAUAGCAAAGACAGAAGGUUUACUCCAUGCGGCUAGCAGUUCCGUAUGACCACUGUGAGUCUCCCUCUACCCUGACAAGGCUUAGGAUCCUGUGAACCCCUAAAAUGACGGAAAGCUGUUAGUUCAGGUGUUUGUCUCUUGACCUGUCAUUUCCGAAUACAGAAUUGAGUGUGUAAUAAGAGGCAAGAGAAAAGGACAACUCAGAAUACAGAAAAGUUGGGGUGUCAAAAAGACUGCACUCAGUGCUAGAACUCACUGCUAUUAUUUUUUUAUUUGGAGCAUUUGUACCCCACUCUUCAGCCAAAAAGGCUCCCAGAGCAUCUUACAUGCAGUCAGUUAAAGCUGGAAAGUCCCUGCCCACAGGCUUGCAAUCAAAAGACAUCAUGUGACAAUGUUUCCGGGCCCGAUUCAAGGUGCUGGUUUUAACCUGUAAAGCCUUACGCGGCCUGGGACCACAAUACUUGAUGGAACGUCUCUCCCGAUAUGAACCUACCCGUAUACGUCAUUCAACAUCGAAGGCCCUCCUCCGGGUGCCUACUCAGAGGGAAGCCCGGAGGAUGGUAACCAGAAAAAGGGCUUUCUCAGUGGUGGCCCCUGAACUAUGGAACGAUCUCCCUGUGGAGGUACGCCUGGCGCCAACAUUAUUAUCUUUUCGACGCCAGGUUAAAACAUUCCUUUUCUCCCAGGCAUUUUAACAAAUUUAACAAUUUAAUAAUUUUAAUUUUAACAUUUUAACAUCUCAACUUACUUUAGCAUCUUAGUAUGCUAGUAUAUUUGUAUUUUAGUAUGUUUAAAUUGUUCUAUAAAUGGGUUUAAUUGUAUUUUGCUGUCUUGCUUGUUGUGAACCGCCCAGAGAGCUUCGGCUAUGGGGCGGUAUAGAAAUUUAAUAAAUAAAUAAAUUAAGGAAAGGGGGCAGGGAGAGAAGAGGGAAGAAGCAAGCUUAGGCACUAAUUCUUAAA